AUGGCCGCCACGCCUCCUGCCCUCGACUUGCAGGUCCCUGCAGCUCCCGCAGCGCCCGCACCUUCCCGCCCCGCCUCGCCCAGCGCCCGCAUCGCCGGCCGCCCCGUCCAGCCCAUCGUCUCGCUCCCUGCCCAAGAGAUCGCCUCGCUGUACCCUGGUCCCGAUGCGCCGCUCCGAGGAGUCGACCCCAAACUCAAGACUGAGCGCAUGCUGCUCGAGUUGGCCGACGGGAGCGCCUACGAGGGAUACUCGUUCGGCGCCGACAAGAGCAUUGCGGGCGAAUGCGUCUUUACGACGGGCAUGGUCGGCUACCCCGAGUCCUUGACCGACCCGUCGUACUCGGGCCAGAUCCUCGUCCUCACCUACCCGCUCAUCGGUUCGUACGGUGUCCCCAAGCGUCCCGCAAAGGGCACUGUCAACCCCGCUUCGCUCCCGCACGAGUUCGAGUCGUACAAGAUCCACGUCGCCGGUUUGAUCGUCUCGAACUACUCGGGCGCAGGCGACGACUUCUCGAACCACUCUGCGUUCUCCGAGCUUGCCGACUGGCUCAAGGAGGAGGGCAUCCCUGCGAUCUAUGGCGUCGACACCCGCGACUUGACGAAGAAGCUUCGCGAGCGCGGCAGCACGAUCGGUCGCCUCUCGCAGCGCAAGAAGGGCGUCGAGGUCGAGGAGGGCGCUUUCAACUGGCGCGAGGCGUACGAGCAGCUCGAGUACCACGACCCCAACGCCGACAACCUCGUCGCGGCGGUCUCGACUCCCCAGCCUGUCCUCUAUCCCGCCGAUUCGGGCGUCACCCCUGUCAAGCACACGAGCGGACGCAACUUGCGCGUGAUCUGCGUCGACGUCGGAAUGAAGUACAACCAGAUCCGCUGCUUCACCAAGCGCGGCGUCGAGCUCAAGGUCGUUCCGUACGACUAUGACUACCUUUCCCCGAACGAGGAGCCGUUCGAUGGUCUCUUCGUCUCGAACGGUCCGGGCGACCCCGCCACGCUCAAGUCGACGACCGCGAUCCUCGCCAAGGCCAUCGAGGCCGCCAAGGUCCCCAUCUUCGGUAUCUGUCUCGGCCACCAGCUCCUCGCCCGCGCGUCGGGCGCCAGCACCCUCAAGCUCAAGUACGGCAACCGUGGCGCCAACAUCCCCUGCACGUCGCUCGUCACCGGCCGCUGCUACAUCACCUCGCAGAACCACGGCUACGCCGUCGACACCCAGACGCUCCAGCAGGGCUGGAAGGAGCUCUUCAUCAACGCCAACGACUCGUCGAACGAGGGAAUCUACUCGACCGAGCGCCCGUACUUUUCCGUCCAGUUCCACCCCGAGUCGGCGCCCGGCCCGCGCGACACCGAGUUCCUCUUCGACACGUUCAUCUCGGCGAUCCAGAAGAGCCUCGAGAAGCAGGCCAACGGCGAGAAGCUCACCGGCCCCGUCGUCUUCCCCGGCGGCGACGCCGCUGAGAACGCCGCCAAGACGCCUCGUGUCGACGUUCGCAAGGUCCUCGUCCUCGGAUCUGGAGGUCUCUCGAUCGGUCAGGCUGGAGAGUUCGACUACUCCGGUUCGCAGGCCAUCAAGGCGCUGAAGGAGGAGGGCAUCUACACCAUUCUCAUCAACCCCAACAUCGCCACGAUCCAGACGAGCAAGGGUCUCGCCGACAAGGUCUACUUCUUGCCCGUCACCGCCGACUCGGUCCGCAAGGUCAUCCAGCACGAACGCCCGGACGGCAUCUACUGCACCUUCGGUGGACAGACCGCCCUUCAGGUCGGUAUCAAGCUCAAGGACGAGUUCGAGGGACUCGGCGUCAAGGUCCUCGGUACCCCCAUCGAGACGAUCAUCACGACCGAGGACCGCGAGCUCUUCGCUCAGGCGAUGGAGCAGAUUGGCGAGAAGUGCGCCAAGUCGGCCGCCGCCAACUCGGUUCAGGAGUGCAUCGACGCUGCGAACGACAUUGGCUACCCCGUCAUCGUCCGUGCUGCUUUUGCGCUCGGCGGUCUCGGAUCCGGCUUUGCCAACAACGAGAAGGAGCUUGUCGAGCUCUGCACCAAGGCGUUCGCGACCUCGUCGCAGGUCCUCGUCGAGCGCUCGAUGAAGGGAUGGAAGGAGAUCGAGUACGAGGUCGUCCGUGACUGCCGCGACAACUGCAUCACGGUCUGCAACAUGGAGAACUUCGACCCCCUCGGCAUCCACACCGGCGACUCGAUUGUCGUCGCGCCCUCGCAAACCCUCACCGACUCGGACUACAACAUGCUCCGCACUACCGCAGUCAACGUCAUCCGUCACCUCGGCGUUGUCGGUGAGUGCAACAUCCAGUACGCCCUCAACCCGCACUCGCAGGAGUACUGCAUCAUCGAGGUCAACGCGCGUCUCUCGCGUUCGUCGGCGCUCGCCUCCAAGGCGACCGGUUACCCUCUCGCGUACACGGCCGCCAAGCUCGGGCUCAACAUCCCGCUCAACGAGAUCAAGAACUCGGUCACGAAGAACACGAGCGCCUGCUUCGAGCCGUCGCUUGACUACCUCGUUGUCAAGAUCCCCCGAUGGGAUCUCAAGAAGUUCACCCGCGUCUCGAGCUCGCUGUCGUCGUCGAUGAAGUCGGUCGGCGAGGUCAUGGCUAUCGGCAAGACGUUCGAGGAGACGAUUCAGAAGGCCAUCCGCGCCAUCGACCCGUCGUUCGCUGGCUUUGGCAAGAACGCGUUCCCGAUGGAGGAGGUUGACGAGGAGCUCCAGAACCCGACGGACCGCCGCCUCUUCGCCAUUGCCAACGCCCUCCACGCCGGUCGCUCGGUCGAAGAGGUCCACAAGCUCACCAACAUCGACAGGUGGUUCCUUCACAAGCUCGAGCACAUUGUCCAGGUCGACAAGACGGUUUCGCAAUACACUGCCUCGCAGAUCCCGCGCGGCCUCCUCCACUGCGCCAAGCGCACUGGCUUCUCCGACGCGCAGAUCGCCAAGGCGCUCGGCUCGAACGAGCUCGCCGUCCGCCGCCUCCGCCUCGACUAUGGCAUCACGCCUCGCGUCAAGCAGAUCGACACGGUCGCCGCCGAGUUCCCCGCCUUCACCAACUACCUCUACAUGACCUACAACGGUGCCGCCCACGACGUCAGCUUUGGCGACAAGGGUAUCAUGGUGCUCGGUUCGGGAGUGUACCGCAUCGGUUCGUCGGUCGAAUUCGACUGGUGCGCCGUCCGCGCCAUCCGCACGAUCCGCGAGCGAGGCUUCAAGACGGUGAUGGUCAACUACAACCCGGAGACGGUGUCGACCGACUACGACGAGGCCGACCGCCUCUAUUUCGAGGUGAUCUCGCUCGAGACGAUCCUCGACAUCUACGAGGCCGAGACCUCGUCCGGCGUCGUCGUCUCGAUGGGCGGCCAGACGUCGAAUAACAUCGCGCUCCCGCUCCACCGCCAGGGCGUCAAGAUCCUCGGCACCUCGCCCGAGAACAUCGACAUGGCCGAGAAUCGCUACAAGUUCUCGCGCAUGCUCGACAAGCUCGGUGUCGACCAGCCGCUGUGGAAGGAGCUCUCGACGAUGGAGGCCGCGCACGAGUUCUGCAACAAGGUCGGCUACCCGGUCCUCGUCCGCCCGUCGUACGUCCUGUCCGGCGCGGCAAUGAACGUCGUAUACUCGGGAGACGACCUCGACGCGUACCUGAAGCAGGCGGCGGCCGUCUCGCGCGAGUACCCCGUCGUCGUCACCAAGUACGUCGAGGAGGCCAAGGAGAUCGAGAUGGACGCCGUCGCCCGCGACGGCAAGCUCGUCAUGCACUACGUCUCGGAGCACGUCGAGAACGCCGGUGUCCACUCGGGAGACGCGACCCUCAUCCUCCCGCCGCAGGACCUCGACCCCGAGACCGUCCGCCGCAUUGAGGAGGCGACCCGCAAGAUCGGCGCCGCCCUCAACGUCUCGGGUCCGUUCAACAUCCAGUUCCUCGCCAAGAACAACGAGAUCAAGGUCAUCGAGUGCAACGUCCGCGCCGCUCGCUCGUUCCCCUUCGUCUCCAAGGUCACCGGCAUCGACGCCAUCGAGCUCGCGACCGACAUCAUGCUCGGCCUCCCCGUCACGCCCUACCCCGAGCUCAACCUCCCCAAGGACUACGUCGGCAUCAAGGUCCCGCAGUUCUCGUUCGGCCGUCUUGCCGGCGCCGACCCGAUUCUCGGUGUCGAAAUGGCGUCAACUGGUGAAGUCGCCUGCUUCGGCAGGGACAAGUACGAGGCGUACUUGAAGGCCCUCCUCUCGACGGGCAUGAAGCUGCCGAAGCAGAACAUCCUCUUCUCGAUCGGUCCAUACAAGGAGAAGGUUGAGCUGCUUCCCUCGAUCCAGAAGCUCCACAGCCUCGGCUACAACAUCUUCGCGACCGUCGGAACGGCCGACUUCCUCCAGGAGCACGGCGUCCCCGUCAAGUACCUCGAGGCGCUCGACGAGGAGGACGACCGCAAGGCCCAGAAGUCGGAGUACUCGCUCCGCGAGCACAUCGCCAACAACAAGAUUGACCUCUACGUCAACCUGCCGUCGAAGAACCGCUACCGCCGUCCCGCGAACUACAUGUCGAAGGGAUACCGGUCGCGCCGCAUGGCCGUCGACUUUGCCGUCCCGCUGGUCACGAACGUCAAGUGCGCCAAGCUCCUCAUCCAGGCGAUCGCCCGCAACCCGUCGCUCGAGAUCUCGAACGUCGACUACAAGACCUCGAGCCGCACGGUCGUCCUUCCCGGCCUCGUCAACACCCGCUGCUUCGUCCCGGGUGUCGCCGCGCCCGGCUCGAAGGACUUCGCCGCCGUCACCAAGGCCGCCCUUGCCGGCGGCUUCACGACGGUCCAGGUUCUCCCCGUCGGCGACAAGGCCAGCGUUGUCGAUUCGCCUUCGCUCGACGUCGCCCGCGACAACGCUGCCUCGGCUGCGUGCGACUACAGCCUCGCUAUCGCCGCCACGGCCGACAACGCCAGCCACUUGACCGGUGAGCUAAUCGCUGGCGCUCGCACGCUCUUCCUUCCGUCGCAGAACCUCUCGGCCUCGAACGACAAGGUGUCGACCGUCGCGGAGCACUUCUCGGCGUGGCCCCUCAACAAGCCGAUCGUCACCGACGCGCGGACGACGGACCUCGCCUCAGUUCUUCUCCUCGCCUCGCUUCACGGCCGCUCGGUGCACGUCACGAAUGUCCAGACUGAGAACGACAUCAGCCUGAUCAGCCUCUCGAAGGACAAGGACCUCAAGGUGACGUGCGACGUCUCGAUCUACUCGCUCUUCUUGACGCGCGAGGAGUUCCCCGGCUCGACCUGCCUCCCGACCGCCAAGGACCAAGCUGCGCUUUGGGACCACCUCGACACGAUCGACGUCUUUGCCGUCGGCGCCCUUCCCUUCCGCCUCGCGACCGAGCUCGGCAAGCCUUACUCCCCCGAAGCCGGGCAGGAGGAGGCUAUGCAGCUUCUUCUCACGGCCGUUCAUGACGGCCGCCUCAGCCUUGACGACAUCAUCUCGAGGCUCUCGGAGAACCCGCGCGCCAUCUUCGACUUGCCGCCCAGCCCGACCGAGACCUACGUCGAGGUCGAGGUCGACCGCACCGUCGUCGUCCCCCGCCGCUCGUACUGGUCGCCGCUCGAGGGCAAGAAGCUCGCUGGCGCCGUCCACCGCGUUGUUCUCCGCGGUGAGACGCUUCUCCUCGACGGGCAAUUCGUCGCGCGAGGCGCUCCGGCCGGUCGCGACCUGUCGGCUCUCGCAGGCGCCAGCAAGACUGAGCGCCGCCAGGCCCGCUUCUCCGUCUCGGCCACCCGCCCCUCUCUCGCCUCGAUUGGCAUGCCCACGAGGGAGAACGUCACUUCGCCGACCAUGGCGCCCGUCUCGUCGCAGGCGCUUGCGACCAAGUCGCCGAAGCUCGCGAGCGCGAGGUCGCCCCGCCUCGAGGCGACCGAGUCGGCCCUCCAGCCGAGCCUGAUGUCGCUCGCGACUGACCCUGUCGCCUCGUCGCUUGCGCCCGUCUCGCCCAUGGCCAGCCUCCGCAAGCUCUUGUCGGCCGCCUCGCGCGCUUACAACCGUCGCCACGUCCUGUCGGUCCGGUCGUUCAACCGCGACGACCUCCACACUCUCUUCGGCGUUGCUUCGGAGAUGCGCAUGCUCACUGAGCGCGGCAUUCCCAUCGACAUCAUGCGCGGACGUGUUCUCUCGACCUUGUUCUACGAGCCGUCGACUCGCACCUCCGCCUCCUUCGAGGCUGCCAUGGCUCGCCUCGGUGGCUCGACGGUUGCCGUCACUCCCGAGACAUCGUCAGUCGUCAAGGGCGAGACCCUCGCCGACACUGUCCGCACCCUCGGCUGCUACGCCGACAUCAUCGCCCUUCGCCACCCCGCCGCCGGAUCGGCGCAGGAGGCAGCGCGCUACGCGCCCGUUCCCGUCAUCAACGCGGGCGACGGCAUCGGCGAGCACCCGACCCAGGCCUUCCUCGACAUCUACACAAUUCGCGAGGAGCUCGGUACCGUCAACGGCCUCACGAUCACGAUGGUCGGUGACCUGAAGAACGGCAGGACUGUUCACUCGCUCGUCAAGCUCCUCUCGCUCUACUCGGUCUCGCUCAUCUUCGUCGCUCCGCCGGCGCUCUCGAUGCCGGAGUCGGUCAAGGCAGAGGCGGAGAAGGCUGGCAUCCCUGUCUUCGAGACGACCAGUUUGGCGAGCGUCAUCGGCCAGACGGACGUUUUGUACGUUACGCGCGUCCAGCAGGAGCGCUUCGCGUCGCAGGCCGAGUACGAUGCGGUCAAGGACUCGUACAUCGUCAACAACGAGAUCCUCUCGGGCGCGAAGGAGCACUGCAUCGUGAUGCACCCGCUGCCGCGCAACGCCGAGCUCGACCCGAGCGUCGAUCUCGACGCUCGCCGUGCCAGCUACUGGCGACAAGUGAGGUUCGGCCUCUUCGUUCGCAUGGCGCUGCUCGCACUUGUCGCCGCCGGCUCUGCCUAA